UGUUUCCUGUUUAUCCCUUGGGGCUGUAUUCUCUAUCACAUGAACGGGUACUUUUCCCUGUGAAUCUUCUGCUCAUGAAAGGAACACACAUGCAGUGUCUGUGAAAGCAGAGAAGAUUGAUUCCCUAUACCUGUACGGUUUGAGACACAUUUCAGAAUUUCCAUUUCACCUGUGCCUGGUUUCCUAAGAAGACCUUGAUUUUCGUUCUCUAUUGGCUUCAUGUUCUUGUGGGGAUCCUGAGAUCAGGCUUGUUUGUGUUUGUUCACCUCCAACUUGGUUGCUGCAGCAGAAGGUAUUAUUCUAUACAGUAGUGGGAAAAUGGAAAUAUUCUUCUAUUACUAUACAGUUAUUCUGUUGGCUGGCUUGAAAGGCACUUUGCAAAGCAAUACUGAAGAGAGGCUUUUCCGUAAACUCUUCACACAUUACAAUCAUUUUAUAAGGCCAGUCGAGAAUGUGUCCGAUCCUGUUAUGGUGCACUUUGAGGUGGCAAUGACUCAGCUUGUUAAUGUGGAUGAAGUUAAUCAAAUUCUAGAGACAAACUUGUGGCUUCGGCAUAUCUGGAAUGACUACAAGCUAAAGUGGAAUCCUGUGGAUUAUGAUGGGAUUGAAUUUAUGCGUGUGCCUGCAGACAAGAUUUGGAAGCCUGACAUUGUUUUGUAUAAUAAUGCUGUCGGAGACUUUCAGGUUGAAGGCAAGACAAAGGCUUUACUUAAAUACAAUGGUUUGAUUACUUGGUCUCCACCAGCAAUAUUUAAGAGCUCAUGCCCAAUGGACAUAACAUUUUUUCCCUUUGACCAUCAGAACUGUUCAAUGAAAUUUGGGUCCUGGUCAUAUGAUAAGGCAAAAAUUGAUCUUAUUAUCAUUGGGUCAAAGGUUGAUAUGAAAGAUUUUUGGGAAAACAGUGAAUGGGAAAUAAUAGAUGCCUCUGGGUACAAGCAUGAUAUUAAAUAUAACUGUUGUGAAGAGAUCUACACAGAUAUAACCUACUCGUUUUACAUCAGAAGGCUGCCUAUGUUCUACACCAUAAACCUAAUAAUGCCAUGCCUCUUUCUUUCAUUUUUAACUGUGUUAGUCUUCUAUUUGCCAUCAGAUUGUGGGGAGAAGGUUACCCUUUGCAUCUCGGUAUUGCUUUCCUUGACUGUAUUCCUGUUGGUUAUCACUGAAACAAUCCCUUCUACUUCUCUUGUAAUCCCACUUGUUGGAGAGUACCUCUUAUUUACUAUGAUAUUUGUCACCUUAUCUAUCGUGGUAACAGUAUUUGUGCUUAAUAUCCAUUAUCGGACCCCAACAACACACAAAAUGCCCAAGUGGGUAAGGGAUGUAUUUCUAAAAUGUCUACCUAAACUACUCAUGAUGAGGAAAACCAUGGAGAAGAAAGAUCGACCAUGUUCUAAAAGAACCAAGAAGAGAAUGUAUGGCAAGACAGCAAAAUUUGUGGACUCACAAUGCAGAGAUGUAGAAGUGUUUGAAGAUGAGUCAUGUUACCAUUGCAUGAGAUCAAAAGAACAAAGUGCCAGGAAUCGGAGGCGACAGCAUCAUGAGUCCUGUAACGCAGUUCAGCAGUCUCCUGCAGAAAUCAGAGGUGUCGUUGAGAGUAUUCAGUUCAUGACAGAAAACAUCAAGGAUCAUAAUGAAAGAAAAGAGGAAGAAGAUGACUGGAAGUAUGUUGCUAUGGUCAUUGACAGAGUCUUUCUCUGGGUAUUCAUAAUCCUGUGUGUUUUGGGAACCACUGGAUUAUUUUUGCAACCGAUGAUAGAUGGAAACAAAACAUAGACAUUUACUUAUGGAUGCAAUAAAACAUAAAUAUUGUAUACUUGGUUCUAUUAAGUUCUAUCUGCAUACAUGAGUAUGAUAUGUUAUACGUCCCUCAUGUAGAUCUUUGGCUGAAAAUGACAGCAUGUAGUAGCUGUGCACAGUUCUGUAUUUCCAAGGCCUGUGAAAUCAAAGAAACUUUUUCUAUAGCCUUUUAUUAAGAAAACACUUCUAUUAGAAAGAACAAAUUAAUCUCCACAUUCAUUGACCUAGAUACUCUUAUUAUAUAAACCACCUUACAAGACCAUAACCUGAAUCUUUAACUAGAAUUUCUUUUUCUUUAUAGGGUUCUCUGGUUUAGAAAAAUGUAUCCCCUAUCAGAAAGAUAGGGGAUAAGUGUCUGAUUGUGGGGGGUCCGACUUUUGGGACCCCCUCUGAUCUCUUGCUCGAUGCCCUGGCUCUCCUCAGAUAAUAUUUUGGAAUUUAUCUGAGUUUUGGUCAAGUUUUUUUUGUCUGUAAUUUUAAGCAUGUGCCAAAACAAAACAAAAAAAUAUAUAAAUCAAUAAAAAAAUAAAACAAUAUUUCCAUACUGUUCUGAAUAUUCCAGCUUUUUUACACCUUGCACUGCAGAGCUCCUUAGGGUGACUGUGGAAGUAACCCAACAGUGGUUUUAACAUGUCAUUGACAGGGAUGUGAUGGAUAAAUCUAUCAGACUAGAUUUCCAAACAGGUUUUUUUUGCACAUUUUUGGAAAACUGCCAUUGCAGUGUUUAAGCCAAAGCAUUGUGUAUUAAAAAAGGAAUUGGAAAUAUAGAGAAAGGACUUAUACUUUUCCUUCCUGCUGGAUCCGCUUCUGACUUUGGCUCAAAAACUGCAGUGUGCAGUUUCCAAAAAAAAAAAGAAACCUGUGUAGGAAUCUAGCUCUAGGAUGACAUUUGUAAAAGGUGGGUAAGGGUUUCGUCCUGGUCAGCUGAGAAGAUUCCUUGUUGCUCAGCACAAUUCUCAUGAGAGAAAACUUUCACUUAUUGUAUUAGGUGGACAAAUACAGUGGUCCCUCAACAUACAACGGUAAUCCGUUCCAAAUGGACCAUCGUUUGUUGAAACCAUCGUAUGUUGAGGGAUCCGUGCAAUGUAAAG